AUGUACGUUGAUCAUGUGAUCGUCACUGGUACAAGUGUGGAAGGUGCCAAAGAGUUCAAGCAACAAAUGAUGAAAGAAUUUGAGAUGAUUGAUCUUGGGUUACUCACGUGCUACCUUGGUAUUGAACCAUUUAAGAUGGAGGAGUGCAACCCGACCAAGUAUCCCAUGUUAGCAAAGUUACAACUCAGGAAAGAUGUUGAAGGAAACUUGUCUCUGAAUCAACGAACUGUGGCACUAUCUUCCUAUGAGACCGAGUUCAUGGCAGCAACUAUGGUGUCGUGUCAAGCAUUGUGGCUGAGAAAUUUGUUGAGAGAAGUGACUAGAAGUGAACUAAAGUCGGUAACUCUCUACAUCAACAACAAAUCUGCUAUUGCACUCAUGAAGAAUCUGAUAUUGACGGACGCAGCUAACAGAAUUACAUUUGCUUCCACUUCAUCUGUGAGUGUGUUGUGA